UCCCUGCCCCUAGGCGGGGCGCUGCCUCCUCACCCGCCUCCUCCUGGCUGCGGGGGAAGCGGCGGGGCCGGGGCUGCCUCUGCCUCCUCGGGAGCGGCGCCGUGCGUGCUGCUUGGAGGUUCCAGAAAUCGCCUGCCUGCAGGAAACAUGAGGUCACAGUACGUCACAGCGCCUGCUUUAACUGUCUUAAUGUUUUUAUUAUGGAUUCAGCCAUCAACAAGCUGCAAUAAGGCCCUCUGUGCAAGUGAUGUCAGUAAAUGUCUAAUCCAGGAGUUGUGUCAGUGCCGACCUGGUGAAGGAAACUGUUCCUGUUGUAAGGAGUGCAUGCUCUGUCUAGGCACGCUGUGGGAUGAGUGCUGUGACUGUGUCGGUAUGUGCAAUCCUCGCAAUUACAGUGACACACCUCCGACUUCCAAGAGCACUGUGGAAGAGUUGCAUGAACCAAUACCUUCCCUCUUCCGGGCACUCACAGAAGGGGACACACAGCUGAACUGGAAUAUUGUUUCCUUCCCUGUAGCAGAAGAACUGUCACAUCAUGAGAAUCUAGUUUCAUUUUUAGAAACAGUGAGCCAGCCGCAGCACCAGAAUGUGUCUGUUCCAAAUAACAAUGUCCAUGCACCAUACUCCAGUGACAAAGAACACAUGUGCACUGUGGUCUAUUUUGAUGACUGCAUGUCAAUACAUCAGUGCAAGAUCUCUUGUGAGUCCAUGGGAGCAUCCAAAUACCGCUGGUUUCACAAUGCCUGCUGUGAGUGUAUUGGGCCAGAAUGUAUAGACUAUGGCAGUAAAACUGUAAAAUGUAUGAACUGCAUGUUUUGAAGCAGACAAGUUGUAUAAUAGUAGUCUGGAGGCCAAAGUAAUCUUUCUUAAUUAAAGAGAAGAGGAUUUCAAGUAUUUAAUGGGUGGGAUAGGUACUGGUUGCUACUAGAUAUCAGAUUUGAGAAAAGAUGUAAAAAAAUUUAAAACAACUUCAAAAUUUGAAACACACCAUUUUUGUUUUUUAACUCGUGUAAAUAAUGCUGAUUAGCAAACAUUUCAUUUGUUAAGUUUAUUCUCAGUUGAAGAGGACAGCCAUGCUCAUGCUUACUAUCCUGGUUGUUUUGCUUUGAUUUGAAUGUAUCAUCUAUAUUGGUUUUCACAGUAUAACAUUGUAGUUAGUAAAUUAGAAUAGUGAAACCUCAAGGAAAUAGCAACCAGAUUCCCAUCAUUUAAGUUCCAUCAAUGCUCAAACGCAUAAUGCUUGCACGUUUGUUUUUAUUACUCUCCACAAUAAGGCUGAUGUGGUUUAUGGUCAUAUACCAGCGGCUGAGACUCCUGUUGUGAAAAGGAUGUUUUAAAAAAUGAAAGCGAGAAAUUGGGGUAAUUCUUUUUCUUUGGCUUUUAAACAUUAGAUUUAACAGAUAAUAUGGAAGCUUCUUAGGAGGCCUCCCACCACAAUAUGCGAUACCAGCCCUCCUAGUGUCAUCUGCCUCCAUUCUUGUAAUUAGGCAAGUGAUUACCUUGUAUAAAGGAAUGGUGUUCUCCUAGGUUCUCUUAUGAACCAAAACAAAUCUGUUAAGUUUAGUUGCAUCCAUUUCCUAAUGCACCCCUUUUUUUCUGGGUUAUUUUUUAUCCCUGGAAUCUCAGUGCAGUGCUAGAAAUGGAAGACUGCAAUGAACUGAAAGAUGGUUUAAAAAUAGGAAUGAAAUUGCAGAUCCUUGGGAGCUCAGUGGAUUUAUUGGUUGACAGUUGACAUUACUGCACCUGGUAAUACUAUGUGCAGCAUUUUUUUUUCUACAGGUUUGUUUGGUUUUGUUUUGAUUUAUUCUUAUGAGUAGAAAUGUCAUGAUGGGGCAAGAAGUAUCCUUGAAAAUAAAUGAGGAUGCUCUGACUGCAGAACAUUUUGUCCACUUCUGUGAGUCAUAUUUUAAUAUGUGGAAGAGUUAAGUACAAGGCAGUUACUAUGGUACAAAUAUUUUUUUUAGUGAUAAAGAAUAAAAUCAGAGUAGAUAGUGAUUCACUAGAAACUCAAAAUGAUGUUAAUAAUCCUGACUUUUUAAGGUUGCUAAUAUGAAUAGUCAAAUCCAUAACUAUGUGUGUUUCCCCAACUCAGUUUAAUCUUUAUAGGUAAAGUGCCUUCUACUUGCACAUUCCUAUGUCAUGUACUAAUAAGAGCAGUUAUUUUGAACUUGCAUUUUAUUUGAAAAGUUUAUUUGGGAGUCUUUAGUUCUCAAUAUUAAGCUCAAGAUGAAGCAAAAAAUGACUGCUCUUGCGGAGGAAAGUUACUCUCUUUCAGCUCUUUUCUAGAUAUGCAGAACUGUAUGAAAGUUGAUGGUUUGCUUAGAAAAUUUUAAACUGGAGGAUAAUAAAGUAGAGAGAAUUUUAAAAGAGUUUUUUUUAUAGUUCUGUUUUUCUUCCUGGGAAUAGCAACAAUAAGAUUAAAAUGAAGGAACUUUCCCUUCAGUUGCCUUAUAUUUUGACAGUUUAUAACUUGCAUUUUUUAUAUGUGAACUUAUUACAGUGAUUGAGGAGAGAGGAUGCACUUGUCUAAUACUAUGACUUUUUGUCUUUUGCUUGAAGAGUAUAUGUUGCCUCUGAUCAAGAUACAAAACAUGCUAGUGUCCUUGCAAAAAAGUGGAAGUUUUGAGUUGUUAGACUAUUUGUAAUGUUAAUCAAUAUGUUUCAGCAUCUUAAGACAAAUUCAGAAUGAUUUUCUGUUUAGAAGCCUGUUGCCAUGGAUUUAUGACAUUACUAUCACUUACAUGGUUAUGAUUUUACUGUAAAAUCCAGUGGGAAGGUUGGCUGGGUUGUCUGGAGGAAGGGUUGAAACGAAUUUUGUUUAAAAUUAACAAACAUCCAGAAAAAGCCAUGGAAAAAACACAAACAUUAUGCAAAAUACCCUGAAAGCUUUACUGAGUGAGGACAACACACUUUAAAUAGGAUUUGCUUUAUUUUCGUAAUUCAUGAUGCUCUCUGGAGAGUCUAUGCUGUAAAUUGUAUAUGAUCUACAGCAGUAUCCAGUGUAUUUUCUUAUAUUAUACUUGUUUACAAAAUUAUUUUAAUAAAGAGACUUUACUGA